CUUCGUUGGUACUCUUGCCAUGUUUGCGGAAGCUCGGUGACAGCAGCUAACUGGAAGCUUUGUGACUUUUUAAUGUGUGCGUGUGUUGCAGCUGUUCAUAAUCCAAAAUGAACCUUCCGAAGGGCCCGGAUUCUCUGUGCUUCGACAAGGAUAUUUUUAUGAAGGAUGAUUUUGACGUUGACCAGUUUGUGGCGGAGUGUCGGAAGCAGGUCCAGCUGGAGGAGAUGAGAGAGGACCUCGAGCUCUACUAUAAGCUGCUGAAAACAGCCAUGGUGGAGCUCAUCAACAAGGACUAUGCAGACUUUGUUAACCUCUCCACCAACCUGGUGGGGAUGGACAAAGCCCUUAAUCAGCUCUCUCUGCCAUUGGGACAGUUACGAGAAGAGGUUAUGAGCCUGCGCUCCUGUGUGACUGAAGUAAUUCAAGCUAUAGACAACCAGCUGUCCAAACAGGAAGAUCUACAGAAAAAAAAGGUGUGUGUAUUGAGGCUAAUUCAGGUGGUGCGCUCAGUGGAGAAGAUUGAGAAGAUCCUCCACUCGCAGAACUCCAAGGAAUCCAGCUCUCUGGAAUUUAGCAGUCCUUUGUUAGCAGGUCAGAUCCUGGAGAGGAUAGCUACAGAAUUCAACCAGCUGCAAUUCCAUGCAGUACAGAGCAAAGGCAUGCCCCUGCUGGACAAAGUCAGACCUCGUAUCGCAGGGAUCACCUCCAUGUUGCAGCAGUCUCUAGAAGGCCUGCUGAUCGAGGGUCUGCAGACAUCCAAUGUGGACAUAGUUCGUCACUGCCUGAGGACAUAUGCCACCAUAGACAAGACCCGAGAUGCUGAGGCCCUGGUAGGACAGGUGCUGGUCAAACCAUACAUGGACCAGGUAAUAGUAGAAGAGGUGGUGAAGUCCAGUUCCACUGGUCUCCAGAUGAUGUACUCUAGACUGCUGGAGUUUGUUCCUCAUCACUGCCGACUGCUGAGAGAGGUGACUGGAGGAGCCAUAUCCAGUGACAAAGCUGACAUAGUGCCAGGUUAUGAUUUCAUGGUAAACUCAGUAUGGCCGGAGAUAAUCAAAGGGAUAGAGGAAAGGUUGUCCUACCUCUUCAACCCUGGAAACCCUGACAUAUUCUAUGAGCGCUACAGCGUGAGUUUGGAGUUUGUUCGGAGGUUUGAGCGUCAGUGCAGCUCGCAGGCCAGUGUAAAGAGACUGAGGAUGCAUUCUUCAUACACAAGCUUCCACAACAAAUGGAACCUGCCUGUCUACUUUCAACUACGGUUCAAGGAAAUAGCAGGGAUUCUGGAGAACGCCAUAAGUGAUGGACUAGAGGCAGCACCAGCUGGCAGUGUAUACCACCUGCAGGUGUCUGAGGUGUUGUGGUCCUGUCUAGUGAGGUGCUGGUCAGACAAGGUCUACCUGUCACUUCUGGCCCAUCGCUACUGGAAGCUCACGCUGCAGCUCUACUCACGAUAUGCCAAGUUUCUGGAUGAGGUGCUGACUAAGACUCCCACUUCUGAGGUGAUCAAAGAGCCAGCCAGGCCUCUGCCCAGCUCAGCCUCCUCCACCUCCAGCAGAACUUCAAUGGAAGAUGGUGGCAGUGAGAGUGGGAGUCCUGCCUCUCUGUCCACCAAAGAGCUGGUCCACAUUGCUGCUGACCUCCAAAAGCUGCAGGAGCAGAUUCCAGAGUUGUCAGAAAUUGUCAGACGGCGUUUAGAAGCUACUGGAUUCAAAAACGUUGCCACUGUGGAAGAUGCUCUUGCAGACUCCAAGGCUCGUCUGUCAAGUAGUGUUCCCAAUUUGAAUGCCAGGAUGACCCAGCAUCUGACUGAACGCUGCUGCCGCUUCCUGAAGAGUGCCUCUGAGGUGCCACGACUUUACCGCAGGACUAAUAAGGAUCUGCCAGUGCGUGCUUCAGCGUACAUGGACAAUGCCUUACGUCCGUUACAUCAGUUGCUGACGGAUUCAAAAGGGAUGGUCAAUCCCUCUACAGCACAAGAAUGGCUGCGAGUUGCACUAUCUGACUGCACACAGAGGUACUAUGAGACCAUCUCAGAGGUGUUGAGCUCGGUGAGGAAGAUGGAGGAGAGUCUGAAGCGACUGAAGCAAGCGAGAAAGGGUGCGACCACAACUGCCGCUGCAGGAACAAACGGUGGACCCACAGAUGACAGCAAGAUCCGUCUUCAGCUGGCACUGGACGUGGAAUACCUGGGGGAGCAGAUCCAGAAGAUGGGUCUUCAGCCAAGUGACAUCUCCAUGUUUUCCACUCUGAAGGACCUUGUGAAAGAGGCUCGAGAGCUUGCUGAGUAAAAUGUCGAUUCAACAGUAACUGAAAUCCAUUAACACGCUUCUUGUCCCUGCACUUUGUGAAGACUUGGAAAGGAAAAACAAACACUUCUCAGGCCAAAGUCACAGUCUGUUUUUAAUGAUCAGAGCAUGAAGAAUGUAGGGCAAUGUACUGAAAUCCAUUUUCAAUGGUUUGUAUAAAACAUCUCUAUUUAAUGCAGACUUUAGAGCCACAGUGCACUAACAUUUUAACAACAGGGACCUGCGAGUCCAGCUGUAAAUUACCUUUUGAAACUCAUGUUGUCUUGAUCAUCACUGGUUCUGCUGUGGGCAUGUGAAUCAGAUACACCACAUGGUGCCAUGUCCAUGACAUGUUUUUAAUGCCAGAGGGGGGUGAUAUGCAAUGCUCUAGUCUAAAGAUAUUAUUGUUUCUGAUUUGACCAGAAUGUUGUAAACAGAAAAUCAAACAAUAAUUUCUGCUACUUGGUGAAGGAUUAUUAUCAAAUUUCAAUGUUUGUUGUAUCGAAGUGCAUGUUUUACCAAAUGAACUUUGUAAAGAACUUUGGAUACAGUGUUGAAUGUCUAUGCUUUUAGUGCAAGUGUGACAAGAUAAGUACGUGUGGCUGUGUAUUACCCAUUCCAAAGCCUCUGGUUUAGUAUUUUGACCAGUGCCAUCCUGUUUUUAAAAAAACAAAAAAAAACAAAAGUAACUAUAUUUGCAGGAUCUUGGGUUGGGUCUGACUGAAAGAUUGUCCAAAGCACGUGCACCUACACCUGAAACAUGCACUAAUUGGACUGUCUAGCUGUCAAUCACAGUGUCGUUGUCACUGUUUUAUCGUUUAUUUUUUUAUUAAUGGGACCAUCAUUUUACUAAAUGAACAUCAUGUUUUACUGAAGGAGACUUGGAACUAGAGAUUGCGAUCAUAAACUUCUCAGGAAAAUGUUGACUGACGUUAUAAAUCAUUUGAGAAGUUGAGUCAUUUUGUCAUAGAUUUCUAUAGAAACUGACUUAUUUUUUGCAACCAGUGGAGUAGCCCUCUGCUGGUCAUUCCAGAGAAUACAGGCUUUCAGGCACUUCCGCAUUGGUUUCGCUUUCCAGGCCGGUGACUACGUCCAAUUUGUAUACACAGUCUAUGGAAAUAACCCAUUAAAUGUAGGUGUGUAUUUAUCACUGUCUUUAA